AUGAAAGGGGGUUUAUUUUAUUGUCCUAAGAAUCAAAAGGUAAUUGUUUCGACAAAUGCCAGAUUUCUUAAAGAGGAUUAUUUAAUGAACCAUAUUCCUAGAAGUAAAAUUAUUUUACAGGAAUUGAGCAAUAGAAUAACAAAUAAUGAAACACAAGAACAAAUUCCAAAAACCAUUAUUGACAUACCACUACAUACACGUAGUGGGAAAAAUAUCAAUAGGCAAGAGGUCGCACAAGAGAAAACACUGGACAUUACACUACCUCAAAGUAGUGGGAGUAACGUUGAACAACCUGUAAUUGUGGAGGAAAACGUUCAGGAUAAUAUCGAGGAACCUGUCAUAGUGCAGGAAGAUAUUCAGGGUAUUCAGAAUUUAGUUCUAGUAGUAGUAGAUCCUGUAGUGACUAGUCAUCGUAGUUGGAGAAUUAUUAGAAAACUGUUAUGGUUUACGCUUUUGGGAGAAUCGUAUGAUAGAAUCCCUGAGGAUCCUAAUACGGAACCCCUUAAUUACGCCGAAGCACUACAUAAUGAAGAUGCUAAAAUGUGGAUUGCUGAUAUGAAAUCUGAAAUGGAGUCUAUAAAUUCCAAUCAAGUCUGGAAACUUAUAGAACCACCUGUGGGAGUCAAACCCAUUGGCUGUAGAUGGAUCUAUAAUAAAAAAAGAGGAGGUGGAGCCAUCGUUUGGAGGAGUAUCAAGCAAUUAUGUGUUGCUGAUUCCACCAUGGAAGCCAAAUAUGUAGCUUUCUCUGAGGCAGCUAAAAAGGCUGUUUGGCUCGGUAACUUUCUGAAAGAGCUUGGAGUUAUUCCUUCAGUGCAAACACCACCACCACUUUACUGUGACAAUAAUGGUGCCGUUGCGAACUCGAAGAACCACGAAGCUAUAAAAGAAGUAAGCAUAUUGAGAGAAAAUAUCACUUGA